AUGUACACUUCUAAUCAAAACUCUUCAUCAUCAUCACCAUCCGACCAUAACAAUAACAAAUCCAACCUUCCUCCCAUCAGUCCAAGAAUCUCCUUCUCAAAUGACUUCGCCGAAUCCCAUCGCUACCAUCGUCAUCACAAACCCCCAAACCCAUCUUCUUCAGCUGCAGCCGCCGCAGCAUCUUCGGAUUUCGAGUUCUGUGUCCCGACCGGAAACAAUUCAACCAUGAUUGGAGCUGAUGAGUUGUUCUUCAAAGGAAGACUUUUGCCUUUGAAACAAGGCACGACCACUCUCAGGGAGGAGCUAAUGGUGGAGGAAGGUAAUCAAAGUGUUAUUGGUCGUCGUCUGAUGUCUCAUAUGAGGCCUCCAUUGAAGGGGUGGAAGGAAUUGUUGGGUCUUAGAAAGGGAGGACAUAAUAGUAAUGGAUCGAAGAAAUCUUCUUCUGCCAAGAACAAUGAUCAGGAAUUAAGUGGGUAG